AUGCUGAGAAGAUUACGCUCGAAUAUAUUUCAAAGAUGUCUAAGGGUAGACUCAUUUUCUUCAAGUUCCGCAAAUCUGGCGCUAGAAAUUAAUGGAAAAAUCGAAAACUUUGACUUUUCGGCCAUCUGGCUGCGUUUUAACUGCCAUUGCCCGGAUUGCAAACAAGAAGGAUCGGGGCAGAAAACAAUUUCUCCCUCAGACUGGCCCGAAGAAAUAAAGCUAGAAUACGCGGCGUUCGAAGGGGACUUUUUCAAAUUUCGAAUCGAAGGAGAAGAUCACGAAGGGAUGAUUCCUGGUGAGAUGCUAAGAAAAUAUCUCAGAGACGAAAAUCUCCGCUUAAAUGGCUCGACAAACAUGACCUACCACCGAUUCCCAAACGACUGGGUGCCUGAAAUCGACUUUUCAAAAACUCUCCACGAAGCUGGACAAUACGAGUUGACCACAAAAAUCGCCACCCAUGGAUAUUGCAUCGUCAAGAAUUGCUCAACGAUGAAAAAUGGCGUCCUUGAAGUUGCUAGGAAGAUUUCCGAGCCAAUUCCUAGCGUUUAUGGGCUGACCUUCGACGUCGUCAGCUUGCCGAAUCCGAACAAUAUCGCCUAUUCUAGCGCUGGCCUCGAUCCGCACAUGGAUCUGGUUUACUUUGAAAGUCCUCCUGGGCUUCAGUACCUGCUCUGUAGGAGAAACGAUCAUGUUGUAAAAGGCGGCGAGUCAACUUUGAUCGACGCGUUCGAAGUCGCUGAGCAUGUAAAACGAGCUUACCCGGAUGAUUUCGAAAUUUUGUCGACAGUUCCCGUUCGAUUCCAGAAAAUUCACUGGGAGCGCGAAAACCCGGUUUACCUCGAGUGGGAGCAACCUCAUAUUGUGUUAGAUUCCAGUGGCGAUAUUUCCAGGGUGAACUGGGCACCUAGUUUUGAGGGGGUUUCUGACAGUAACUCAAUGACGGAUCAGUAUUUGAAGGCCUACAGAAGGUUUUUGAAGGAAAUAGAAGGGUCAAAAACGAGUAUGGUUCGAAGACUGGAGCCAGGAGAAUGCCUUGUUUUUAAUAACCGACGGAUGCUGCAUGGAAGAAAGGAGUUUCAGCUCAAUGGAGGAGUCCGCCAUCUUGAAGGAACCUAUACGAAUAUUUGCGAAUUUCGUUCUAGAGCUCAAGUUCUAGAAUGCCUUCAAGGCUGUGGAAAACUCAUUCAAAAAGUCGGAAAUUCAAACGCCAUCUGA